AUGUGCAUGUGCGUGUCUCGUAAGCGGCAAGAAAACUUUUCAACUUCCGGCCAAGUGACUUCGAUUUAAUUUCUUUGGCUUUUUUAUGGUCAAGCCAUUUAAUUAAUUUUACUAUGGCAAUUUGAGCGUCUUGCCCCUUUUUGCCCACUGCGAACUCUGACCCCGGCGGCAAACUCCUGUGCCACAUACGACGGGCUCCAAGGAAAGAGAAAAGAGUCAACAUCAUGAUUGAAAUGUAAUUCGGUGCACAACAAUUAACGUACUGUGAUAAGAGGAGUAUACGAGCAGAUUCCUGGCGGGAAUCGGCACAAGCAAACGGCACAAACGCAAUUCAAUUAAAUUGAAAUUCUAAUUAAGAUAUCUACACGUUAAUAAUUUUGGCUGGCGAGCCCAAAGACAGGCAGCAAAGGCGACAAACUGUCGACUCUAUCGAUACGCAACUUCUCGGCAAGCAUGCUGAACAAUCUUGGGGCCAAUGUGCUGGGCCCCAAGGAUUGUGAUCUACCCAAGGCGGCAAUUACAGCACUUCACGCGGGCGUCAAUAGCUUUGGCCAGCUGCCCGUCGCUCCGAACAUUGCGGAUCUUGGCGGCGGUGGAGCCGGACCCGGCGGCGGCGGUGGUGCGGCGAGCAUUGGCGGAGUGGCCCGACUGCAUGUGACUGGGGGACUGUGCGACAAUAGCAAUGCGCUGAAUGUUGCCAGCGGACACAGCAGCAACAACAACAACAACAGCAACAACAACAACAACAGCAACAACAGCAAUAGCAACAACAACAACAUGCAGCAGCAGGAUCAGCACCUGGACAAAAACAAGCAGAAAAGGCACCGGACACGCUUCACGCCCGCCCAGCUGAACGAGCUGGAGCGCUGCUUCUCCAAGACCCACUAUCCGGAUAUAUUUAUGCGCGAGGAGAUUGCCAUGCGCAUUGGCCUCACCGAGUCACGUGUCCAGGUCUGGUUCCAGAACCGUCGCGCCAAGUGGAAGAAGCGCAAGAAGACAACAAAUGUGUUCCGCACACCGGGCGCCCUGCUGCCCUCGCACGGCCUGCCCCCGUUUGGGGCAAACAUCACGAACAUUGCGAUGGGCGACGGCCUGUGCGGCACGGGCAUGUUCGGCGGCGAUCGCUGGAGCGUCGGCGUCAAUCCCAUGACGGCAGGCUUCGGUCAGCUAAAUCAAACCUCGCCGCUUUCGUCCACGCUGAAUAGCGGCCUCAAUUCGGGCAUUAACAUGGGCUCCGCCCUCGGUGCCGGCACCUAUCAGCACUAUGGCCUGAACGCUUUGGGCGACUCGAUGAUGUAUCAGCACAGCGUGGGCGGGGGGGUAAGCUGCGGACCGGGCGGCUCCCCGAGCGCCACCACGCCGCCCAACAUGAACAGCUGCUCAUCGGUGACGCCGCCGCCGCUUUCCGCGCAGCCCACACAGAACGAGCUCAACGGCGAGCCUAUGACGCACCACCAACAACAGCAGCAACAGCAGCAGCAGCAGCAACAACAGCAAGCACACCAACCGCAGCAGCAGCAACAGCCACACCAACAAACCCUAACGCACCAGCAGCAGUCAGCAACACCAACACAGCAGCAACAACAGCAGCAGCAGCAGCAGCAGCAGCAACAACAGCAGCAACAACAUCAACAACAACAGCAGCAGCAACAGGAUAGCGGCAAUUUGCUGCCGCACUGUCACCAGGCCAUGCAGUCGCCAGAUGGCGCCACCGACGAGGAUGUCUGGCGGGGACACAGCAUUGCAGCGCUGCGGCGGCGAGCAUCCGAACUAAACGCAACAGCAAUUCCUUCCUAUUUGCAUCACGCCGCCGCCGCACACAACAAUUACGAGCACCACAAUUCGGUCUACUGAAAUUUGUUGAAAAGCUUUGAAAGCUUUUCGGAUUACGGUUUUUCCAAUUGCGGCAGUCACGAGUUCUAAAAACAGUUUGACAGCCACAGGGCGCAGCAACAAGUUUUAGUUUGAACUUUAACCAAUUGUACAAUUUAUCAGUUUACAUUAGUUUACCUUCGGUUUUCUUUUCUUCUCUCAGACACUUAUUUUUUUUUUAACAUAAAAAAAAGACUAUAAUGAAUGUAAACCAUGUAUACGAGAGCGGAACUUGAGCUAACUUUAGUGGCAUCAACUAGCGCAACUAAAACCCUAUACGAAUCCAUAAAUGUAUUAAAAUUAAGCGUAAAACAUUAAAAAAAAGAAAGUAGUUCUGCCCGAACUCAACGAAUUAAUUCCUUAGCAAUUAGUAAACAAUUAUAAUAUAAAUAUUCAAGCAGAAAAAAAAUCACACACACACAACGUAUACGAAUUGAUAAAAGUCAAGGAAAAGAAAAAACAAAUAAGAAGAAGAAGAAGAAGAAUUGUAUAAAAAACAAACAUUUUUGCAUAGCGCUCAGAGUUGCCUAUGGAAGAACUUUAAGGCUCACAAUAAUUUUUGGU